AUGUAAACAAACAGUAACCAUGCCGACACCGCCGGAUUGUCCAGAGCAAAUUCAGGCUCAGAUGAUAAUUAUCAUCCAUCCUGGUUCAUUAAAUUUACGAAUCGGUCGUGCAUCGGAUCUAAAUCCGCACCGAGUACUGCAUGCUGUUGCUCGCCGCCGAAGACCUGGUGGAAAAGUUCACAGAGAUUAUAUAUUGCCACCGUGUGUAGAAAAGACAAAGGAAUUACUUCAGGAAUUCGAGGAGUGUCGGCUUCAGGUUUCCCAUACUCUUCAGUCAUGCUUGCAGUCGAAUGGACGACGUCGGUAUGCUACCCCACCUCAGCAAAUUUCUGCAUUUAAUCGGCGUGCUAUUCCUGAAAUUGUAGAAGAAAAGCCAAAUGCACCUCAGGAGCCGGAGCGGGAGGUUUUGUUUGGGGAUGAGGUAAUUUAUACAAAUUCCGACGGAGCGUACAAUUUACAUUUUCCUAUUCGUCGCGGAGAAUUCAAUUUGCAUUCAGAUAUCGGUGGAUCUCUCACGGCAGUAUUAUCUGACCUACAAGCUAUUUGGGAAUACGCUCUCGUUGAAAAAAUGCGAGUGAAUAUCAAGGAACUGAGUAAGUACAAAGCAGUUUUAGUUGUCCCCGACAUUUACAAUCGGAGUCACUUAAAGGAAUUGACAAAUUUGUUAUUGAUCAAGAUGGGUUUCGGCAGUUGCUUUUUAGUGCAGGAUCACGUCGCUGCAACAUUCGGCGCUGGACUGGGAUACGCUUGUGUAGUUGAUGUUGGUGAUCAAAAAACUUCCGUAUCUUGCGUGGAAGAUGGCAUUUCACAUCCUAACACAAGAGUCAAACUUGAAUACGGUGGCGGAGAUGUGACUCAGACUUUUUAUUGGCUUUUGCAGAAAUGUGCGUUUCCCUAUAAAGAAAGUGACGAUACCAAGCCGCAAGAUGCAAUCCUAUUAAAACGACUCAAGGAAGAAUACUGCCAUGUUAAUUUAGAUAUUUGCGGUUCACAAGAGAAAACCUUCACAGUUAGUCAUCACGGAAAAACUGUACGAAAAUACACGAUUCAAGUGGGCGACGAGUGUAUUGUUGCUCCACUGAGCCUUUUUCAUACAGAACUACUGAGUACGACAGGUAAAUCGAAAACGGCGAGAGUUCAGAAGCCUUGCGCUGCUCAACCGGAUUCUGAGGAUUGUUUUGAUGCGGAAUAUAUAAGGGAGACGGGGCGACGAAGUGCUCGCGAGCAAUUGGAACAAAUCCAAGGUGAUGGUAGUGUGAUUGGAGCGAACGAUAAUCAAGAUGAAGACAUAGUUGUUGAUAGCUUGGAUGUAGAGAAGGAUGUAAAGCCUAAUGAUAGAGAAUUCAUACAACCGGGUGGUCAAAUUCUUGGAUUAGAUCAAGCUGUUCUGCAAAGUAUAGAGAGAUGUCCAAAUGAGGAACUGAAGAGGAAGAUGUACGGUUGCAUUCUUGUCGUGGGUGGAGGUAUGAAGUUUACUGGAAUUGGUAAAUGGUUGCAGAAUCGAGUUGCACUUCAAAUUCCCUACUUGCAUCGAUCAGAACAACUUGACAUCGUGACUAGUCCGAAAGAUAUGGAUCCAGCAAUGACAGCAUGGAAAGGAGCCGCUGUGAUGUCCUGUCUGGAAAGUGCGCCUGAACUUUGGAUUACAUCGACUGAAUGGGCGAAAUUUGGUUUACGAAUACUCCGAGAAAAAGCCCCGUUUAUGUGGUAAAUUAUUGCUUUUUAUAUUCUGAAUCGUGAUAGAAAUAAAAAAUAAGAAUAAUAAAAA